AAUUCAAUAUUAAUUACAGGCAAGAUGGUGCAGCAAUAUAGAGCAUUAAAAAAUCGCUAUGAAAUUGAGAGAACUAUUGGAACUGGAGGGUUUGCCAAGGUGAAACUUGCAACUCAUAUUUCAACUGGAGAAAAGGUUGCCAUCAAAAUAAUGGAAAAACUUCAUUUGGGAAAAGACUUGCACAGAGUGAAAACGGAGUUGGAAGCACUUAAAGCACUCUCACACCAUCAUAUUAGCAAACUGUACGAAGUGAUUGAAACUCCAACUCACUUUUUCAUCGUUAUGGAGUACUGCUCUGGUGGAGAAUUGUUCGAUCAUAUUGUUCUGAAGAAGAAGCUGAGUGAGAUGCAAUCCCGACUGUUCUUCAGGCAAAUCCUGUCUGCAGUAGCAUACGCACACAGCAAGGGAUAUGCUCAUAGAGACCUGAAACCGGAAAAUGUCCUUCUUGAUAAGGACCAAACGUUGAAAUUGAUAGACUUUGGCCUGUGUGCAAGACCCUCAGGUGGACUGCAGUGUCACUUGAACACAUCUUGUGGCUCUCCUACUUACGCCGCCCCAGAGCUCAUCAAAUCCGAGGAAUAUUUAGGAUCCGAAGUGGACGUAUGGAGUAUGGGAGUUCUUUUAUAUGCUCUGUUAUGUGGAUUCCUCCCUUUCGAUGCCGAUAACAUAAAAACAUUGUAUGAAAAGAUCUCUAAUGGUCACUAUGAAGAGCCAAGCUGGCUCUCAUCUGGAAGCAAAAAUCUGCUGAAGCGAAUGUUGGAAAUUGACAGAAAGAAACGAAUCAAAGUAGAUGAGUUGCUUCAGGACCGAUGGGUGACACAUGGCUUCUAUGAGCCAGUAGCCUUCAAUUCUCUAUUCAAUUUCGACGAGCGGGAUGACGAGUGUGUAAAGCUGAUGGCCGAUCAGCAGGGAGUCGACUGUGACGACAUGUGGGGCAAAGUGAGUGAGAUGAACUACGACCACGACACCGCCACCUAUCUCAUUCUACUCAUGCGAAAGAAACAAGGACUGCCGAUCAAGUUGGCUGCCAGAGUUGCUUUGCCUCGCUUCUGUGUAACUGAUAGAAGACUACUUGAAGAAAAUAGAAGGAACGAAGAGAAGGCACGGACAGUUGGUAAUAAUAUUGUUAAAUAUUCAAUUUCUAUCUACAGUAAAUAUUUAUCAUAUUUACAGCUUCCUUUAUUGCUAAAUAUUAUAAUGUGUUUGUGUUUGAUUAUGUUUUUAGUUCCUGCCAAAAUGUCGACUGGCCAAAAAGCGAAACAUUUAGAAGUUCCGACCACUCCACAACAGAAAGUUCCCAAUCCUGAUUGGCUUUCGCACACACCAAGAGGCCUCACUUCACCCGGCCAAAAAAUUCUGGGCAGUAUUGAGAAGAGCUUCAACAAAGUGAGAAACGUGUUGACGCCCAAACGCAAGCAAACACAAGCUACAGCUGACCAACGCGACAAACCUACUGUGCUGACAGUCAAAAACAUGUGCAAUAUUUCAACAACGUCCUCGUCAGACCCAGAUGCUGUAUUUGAGAAAUUGAAAGAAGCUCUUGAGAGUCGAGGAAUCGUUUGCAAUGCUAAAGGGUUCACAUUGCGGGGCAAAGUGGAGGAGGAUGACUCACAGGCGAACCACUUCAAGUUGUCGUUCGAGCUGGAGGUGUGUCUGAUGCCCUCGCCCGCAGGCGACUCGGCCAACAGUGCGCCGCUGGUCGUCAUUCGCCGCAAGCGACUCAAGGGUGACGCCUGGUGCUACAAGAAAAUCUGCGAGGAGGUUCUUAAUCUCACUGUAGCGCCGGUGCACUGAUUUAUCCUAUAUAAUCAUCAUAUCGAUGGUGAUCUUUCGAUUAAUCGAAGGUAAAACAUUUUGUAAGUCCCAACCUACAGCAAUGUAGCACCAGAGCAAUGAAUGUUCAGUUGUUCAUAAUUUUAUUGAUAAUGAUUUUUCAAUUGAAAUAUGGUGGAGAUCUAUUAAAUAAUCCUUAUAUUGUUUGUAGUCUAUAAAUAAAUUUGCUAGAUAGUUAUAAACUUGACUAGCGCCAGUGCAGUGAUAAAAUGCAUGGUAAUUUAUUGAUUAAUAGUUAUAUCGAUUGUACCGUAAGAUGAAACCUUAUAUUGAUGGGAAUUUAUAACUUUAUAUCGAUGGUUAUCUAUCAAUUAGUUAUAUCGAUGGUAUCUAAUGAUAGAACCUUAUAUUGAUGGGAAUUUAUAACUUUAUAUCGGUGGUAAUCUAAAAAAAUUUGUAAAUUAUGAAACUGACUAUAUGCUGUAUUGCUAUUGCUGCCACAAUGAUUGAUGGUUCAUAAAUAAUAAUCAAUGGUAAUAAUCGAUUAACCUCAUAUUGAUGGUUUGAUCUUUAUCGAUUGAUCAUUAUUUUGAAAGUAAUUCAUCGAUUAUAAUACUUAUAAUUUUUUUGAUUGUUGAAGGUUUUGUACAGUCUCUGCUUUUGGUGUAUCAUAUUACUUGAAAUUAGAUUCAAUUUAUUAAUAAAUAAUAAAUAUAUUAUUUAUUACUCGAUAAGCUACGUAUUUUUUAACUAAUCAGUAAAUGAAUAUUUCAUUAAGUUCAUGUUAUGAUAGUUAAGUAAGGGACUCUGUACACUUCGUUCUGGAUUGCACCAUCCGAGGUCAAUUUUAAUCUGCAAUGAUUUCAGGUCUAAUUAAAUAUUAGUGCAACCCAGCAUUAGUAAAAGUCAUAAAUACCUGUAUCAACUUGAACUUGACCACUGAUGAAUAUUGUACUGAAUUUAUGUUUGAUUGAAUCCCAAUACUGUAGAUAUUUUUGUUCGGUAUGAUAAUCCUGGUACAGUCUUUACUUGAAAGAUUGGGCUUGAAAUUCGGUUCUUAAUGUAUUCUUCAAUCGCUCAAAUUUAGAUUGAAUAAAUUACAUUAAAUCAGUAUUUGAUUAAUUGUCAUUGAUUAUCAAGUUCAGUCAUAAAAUUGAUUGAAUCCGAAUUAUAAAAAGUUUGUAACCUCCAACAUCGUUGGGCUGUUUGUAAUUUCUAAUAAUUACAGAUCUCUUAUAAACUUUGUUUACUUGACUGAACUCAAGUAAUUCAACUCAACUCAAUACAACUUAAGUAAUUGACAUAACUCAACUCCCGUAAUUCGUAGUCAAUCCUACAAAUUAUGGAAUCUUUGCUCUAAAACUUCAUUCUCAAUCAAUCAGAAUAUGAAUUUAUUUUAUCAUAAAAUAGUAAUGGAAUAUUCUCCAAAGAAAAAUAUAAAAUUGAAAAUAUGAAAUUAGAAGUUUAUAGAUUCCUUGAUUGAAUUAUUCUUCUCUAAUUUAUAUCCAAAAUACCUCACAUAAAUCGUCAGUAGUUAUUUACUGUGACUUACUCAAGUUGCGCAUUUUUUAUUCAGAUUAUUUUUGUGAACAACAAAGAAUAUCAAGAUGUUUUGAAAGCUAUGGGAUGAAGGUGUCUGAACUGGAGCUUAUAACCAAGGAAGAUUCAAAAUGAAUAAUCCACAGUGAAAAUUUAAAUUGUUAAGAAUACACCUCUAUUUAAAAAUUUGACAAGUAUGUAUUUUCUAUUACCUCUUGUAACUUCAUCCUUAGAAAUUCAUAUUAUUAUUAUGAUAUAAAUGUGUAUUGGGUAACGUAUAUGUACAAGUAUAUUCAGUAUUUUUGUAAAUAGAUUUCUCAUAGGUAAUGGGUUUAUAGCUUUGAUAUAUAUUUUGUUUUGGUGACAGAAUUAAUUUUACUUAACUUACUUGAUCUGUUAAUAGUUUUCUUAUACUAAUCCAAUUUAUUUCAUUCGAUUUACAUAGUUUAUGAAAUAGUUUUCUUAUAAUUUUUCAUUUCAAUUUUUAAUACUUAUCUAAUUUUGAUACUUUUUUUGUUCAGGUUAUGUUUAUUUUAAUUUUUUAAAUUUCAUUCUUUUUAUGUUUAUUCUCAUUCAUAAUUACUAUGAUAUUGUAUGUACAAGCUUUGAAAAAUUUCAUAAUAAUGGGUAGGGCAUUUGGGAAUAAUGUUUAUUUUUAAUAAACUUAUUCUUUCUCAUUCCUUUUUUCGUAUACUACAUUAAGCCUUGAAGUAGUUAUUUUGCUGCAGAAAAAUAAUUAUUAAAUGUUUUGCUUGAUGGAACAUUCUGCUUGUACCCCUUAACAAGUUUAUUUUUUAGUUUAUUAUUAUUCACACUUGCUAAACCAACUCUACUUUUUGUUAUUCAAUUUUUUGAGUGAUUUGUUUUGUAUCUUCAAUUCAUUUGUGUAUUUUAUAAUUUUAAUCUUUAAUUCAUUUCAUUCUCUCUUGGCUUUCUCUGUUAAAUUACCAUUAUAUCUAAUUUAAUUUCAUACCAUUCUUAGCAAUAAUUUGCUUUAAUGUACAUAACCAACCUAUUCAAUUCUUGUUUCUUUAUGACUUUCAGUAUUAUGUUUAUCAGCCUACAUCAUAUUAGCUAACAUAAUAAUUACAUUCAUUUUUUAGUAGGUCUAUCUAGAACUUGAGUAUUCCUUCUCUUCUAAGUAUUUUUAGUUUUUAAUUUGACAAACAGUGUGUACCAUCUACAUUGUAUCCACAAUAUAUCACACUGGACCAUCAAUUUGACAAUAAAGCUUUAAUUAUUGUUCUAGCUUUAGAGUAUUGUAGUUUAUCUUAGUAGUUUUAAGAUUCAAUUGAUGGUUGAAGUUUUGUUCGAAACUAAUAAUUGUGCCAAUAGAAUCAUUAAGUUUGUAUGUAUCUAUUAGAAACAACGCUAUAUUAUAAGAAAGCAACAUUUCUGCAAUUCAAACUUAUAAUACAUUUCUUCAAUGAUGUCUUGAUAUAGAAUAACUUAAACUAGUAUAAAAUACUAUUGAAUGCGAUAAUUUUUAAAGUGAUGAGAGUGCAGAGAGUUCAUUAUUCAGAUCUCAGUUGAUGCUUUUUCGAAACAUUGUACUUAAUUUACAUCUUCCAAAACUACACUACUUGCAAUUAAUAUUUUGAAUUUAUCUAAUUCUGAUGUAAUUUUUACAUCUAUGCUACCCACAUUGAUUAUAAUAUUAUAUAUUCUAGUAAGUUCUUAUUACUUACUAUGGAUUUGUUCCAAUUUAGUUGUUUUCUAUCUGUUAUAUUGUAUGCAUUAUCAAUAUUAGGCUGUAAUAUUAUCUUUUUCAAUCGUAUUAUCAUAUACUAAUAACAUUUUUCAAUUAUUACAUAAAGGCUGACCAAUAUUUUUGAAGAUAUUAAAAUUCAUAAACUAACAAUACGAUUGCAAUUCUCGCAAAUACCCCUGAAAGAUAAGGUGAUUGUUGAAACAUGAAUUGAUUAUUGACAAACAAUUAUCACUUUUCAUAUUAUUAGUGUUGUGAGAUUACAUCUAAGCAUUUUGUAUUACAAAUUUUGAAUAACAUUUUUUCCAAAAG